AUGAUCAUGCUCAUGAGCAUGCAAGAGGAAAUGGAGCGGCAAGUGGAGCAUAUUCUCAACUUCAAGGGCUCAAUCAAAGGGAGAAGAGUGAUCAACCGGGACAGGGUGUCCAAAGCAAAGCUACUGCACAAUGACUACUUUGCUCCCAAACCUGCUUUCCCGGAUGAUCCAUGGUUUCGUCGCCGUUUUUGCAUACAUAAACCAUUGUUUUUGCGCAUUAUGGAGGGAGUGGAGGCACACGACGAGUACUUCAAGCUCAAAAGGGAUUGCCGCGGCCACUCGGCCAAGCAGAAGUGCACGGCUGCCCCGAGGAUGCUUGCACUUGGUACUGCUGCAGACGCCGUUGGUGAGAUGGUUAGGAUGGGGGAGAGCACGUGCCUGAAGACUACUGUCAAGUUUGUCCGCGCCGUGGUGGAGGUGUUUGGACCUGAGUAUCUCAGAGAACCAAAUGCGAAGGGCACGGAGAAGUUGUUGGCUAUUUGA